ACCUGUGUUGAGUUUGCACGUCUCGGGGGUGUGCACGUCCCCGCCGGCGGUUGCCUGGCUCUGAGCUGGGCUUGGGGUCGAGGCUUGCGGCUACGCUGGCCAGCAGGCAGAGAGGAGCGCUCAGGAGCUGCGGGCGGAUGCCCUGCGAGGGGCGGAGCGGAGCCGAGCGCGCCGGAGCUGCAGCGCGCACAGCACCUGGACGUGGGCUGCGCCUAUGCGCCGCUCCGCUUGCCCGUUACCGUCUAUCGGCUCCGGGGGCCCGGGGUCCGCGGCUGAAGGGGCUCCCCGCGAGCUCGCUCCGAGACGCGCGAAGCUGUCAGGGAGUCCUGGGAGGGCCAGCUCGGCAGUUCCGACUUCUCUCUUUUCUUCUUCUCCUCCUCCGCGGCGCUCCAGCCUGGCACACCAUGGCCACCGGGCGCGCUGCGCUGGGGCUGCUGCUCCUCGGGGCGGUCGGGGCCCUCCCACAGAAACAAAACUUGUGUACACCCAGCUUCUAUCACAAUGAGUCUUCUGGGAGAUGCUGCUACCACUGUCCCCCAGAUCAGGUGCCUCAAAAGUCAUGUCCCCAAGGGCCUCAAGACUGCAGAAAGAAGUGUAAUCCAGACUAUUACUUGGAAGAUAAGCAGAAAGCCCACUGCCUGGCCUGUGUUAGCUGCUCAGAAGGUGACCUUGUGGAGACGAUUCCGUGUACCUGGAACACCCCUCGGGUCUGUAAAUGCCAGGAUGGUAUGUUCUGUGCCACACUAGCCAGGUACACCUGUGCCCGCUGUGUGAAACACUCCCUGUGCCCACCGGAGGCCAGAGUCAAACACCAAGGCACGUCGGAGAAGGACACUGUCUGUGAACCCUGUCCUCCUGGGACCUUUUCCAACUAUAGCUCCAGUGGCAAAGAUUGUCUGCCUAAGCCCAGGAUCAGAAAUAUUACAGAGCCUUCCAACACCACAGCUGGUUGGAGUCUAACCCAAGACACUGAGACUGUUUCACCAUCUCUCACUGGAAGACCCAAUCCAGGGUCCGAGCCUCUUUUCUGGGUGAUGACUAUCUUUGCCGUGAUGUUGGGUUUGGUUGUGUUCCUGGUCUGCCAGCAGAAGGCCUGCAGGAAGGGGAUUCUGCAGAAGCUUCAUCUCUAUUCUGGCCAAAACUUCCAACCCAAGGUCAGAUCUUUGGGUUACAGCCCCAGGAAAAAUUGCCAACAGCCCAGGAGUCUUCCAAGGAAAGCCAAGGUCACCGAAAAGCAAGGGUUAAUGAGUAGUCGCCCGGCCCCGGAGACAGCCAAGUCUCUAAUGUCCUUCUGCAAGGAAUCUGUUGGCCCGGAUCUGAAUGCUGCUGAGAAUCUUGGCCCUGGCGAUAUUUCUGAACCCAGACCGAUCCCGGAGCAUACCAAUAACCAGAUUGAGAAUAUUUAUAUCAUGAAAGCUGACACCGUGAUUGUUGGGUCUGUUGCCAGAGUGUCCGAGGGCAGGAAUCCCACCACAACAUUGGAAAUUGAGGAGAAGACCCUGGAGACAGACCAGUCUACCCAUUACCCAGAGCAGGAGACAGAGCUGUCCCCUGGGGGCCACAUUGAUGUCAUGUUCUCCGUGGAGGAGGAAGGGAAGGAAUACUGGCCAACGGCUGUGUCUGCCAAGUGAGGGCCAGAGGAAGGAGGCCAGGCAUCUCUGGGAGCGAGCUUGGGAAGCUGGGAUAACAAGCAGGGGCUGAGCUGGGGGCCCUUCUUUGCAGGCCACAGGGCUCGGGACACAUGCCUGAGCUGACCUUCCUGAAUUGUUUAAUGGAUUACACUGGAAUGUUCUGGAGGCUGUUCUGGCUUUGGCCAGAUGCCUACCCUGCGGGGCUGACUUCCACUUUGAAGAAAGUGAUUUAGGGACAAGGGGGCACUAAAAGGUUCAGUUUGCUGGGAGAGACAGAAGGAUUUACUCUUUCCUGCCAUCUCUCCGUUGCUUCCAGGCCCAGGCCACCCAAGCACACUUGGCCGUCUUCAUUGAGGCACCUGGAAUCCAUUCUGUCCAGAGUGGCAGAGACCAAGUGGCUAGCUUUGGCCCUAGGCCACUGCUUCCUUUUCCCCUGCACCCAGCACUCUUCAGUUCCCUUUCUGAAAUGCUUCCUAGGACCAUAUUGGCAAACGUACCACUGGGAAAAUGUGGGUCCCUCAGAAGCGGGCUCUAAGCCAGUCCCCUGUGGUUACUCUGCUUGAUUGGAAAAGGAAAGUCCAACUGGGAUUUGUGUUUGGAUCUUUCUCUUCAGAUCUUGUGAAUGCUGAGCAAAGAUAAGCAGAUUUUAGGUUCAAAGGUACUCCUGUCUGGCAGGGGACCUGCGGGUGGCCCCCAGCUACUGCUGACCAUUCUGACUGGUGGUAUCCCACUGACCCACCAGUCCAGUGAUAUCUGCGUAGGUACUUGGUGCCCAUCUUCUUUACCAUCUGACUGCUGCUUCUUCAGUCUCCCUGAUAUCAUCUGACAAGGACACUGCUUAGGACAUGAGGUUUUCUAGCAGGCAGGACUCAUCUGUUAUCUGGAGUAGAGAUCUUUUAAACCCCGAACCUCCCAUCUUAUUUCCCUUCUGACUUAAACUGAAGAGUGUGAAGGAGAACUUUGGAGUAAGGGAGAUCCAGUUUCAUAUCACACCUGAUACUUAAUAGCUCUGAGAUCUGGGCAAGUCACUUAAAUUAUUUGCCUCGGUUUUCUCAUUUGUAAGAUGAGAGAUGGUCAACUCCUAACUUCCCACCCUGAGAAGUGGAAGGAUGGAGGGAAGCAGUAUAGGAAAGAAAACAGGAAAACCACAAAAGAUACAGAGCUAAGCCUGCCGUGGUCCUUCUUUAUGGAGCCUCCUCUUCUCUUUGAGAAGGCCGAUUGCUAAACCUAGAAUGGUAGAUAAGUAACUUUCACUAAGAACUGCUGAGGGUAAAAAAAUUGGUCUGGCCUACUCUUGGGAGUCAGUAGCUCAGCAAACCCUGGGCAUGGUGGGAAAGUUUGGAUCUUUGUAUUGCAAUUUUAGCGUUUGAUUUAUGCUUAUUUUUGAACCUCUGUACACAGGGAAACAAGACAGCAAACAACCCAACACUUGUGUUGGUAUAGCUCUCUGUCUUCAAAUUCAAUGGACUGAGUAAAUGCUGCUUGGACUAAAUAAGGCCAUGAGCGUUAGUUAAGAGAAAAUGUGUUGGCAUUUCCCCAAGUCUGUUUGAAUUUCUCUGUAUUUGCCUUUCACUUUUAGGACACCAGCCUGAUCAAUGUAGGUGGGAUAAUAUCUCUUAGUUUUGUUUUUUUUUUAUGUUACAAAAAGAGCAUUGAAUAUGUCGUUUCAUACAUAUAAGUCUGGAAAGAACCUUAGAAGUCAUCCAGUCCAACAUUAAAUUGGGUCUCGGCCUCAUCUCUAAUGAUUACUACACUUGUGACUAGAUAAGCCACUUUGCUGACCUUGGUUUCUUCAUCUAAAAUGAAAGGAUUGGAUUGUAUCUGAGAUGUCAAACUAGAUCAGCAGCUGUAAGCCUUCAGCAAAACUCCCUAGUGUGACCCAAACCAAACCAAAAAAAGACAUUUGGAAAACAUUUAACAAAAUGCAUAGAAAUACAAUACAACACAGAUAAUGUUAAUUUGUGGUUUUCUAACUCCGUAUGCAUUGGCAAGGAUUUAUUUCUAUUUGAAUUCUACUGCACUGCUUUCCUGGAUUUCAUCAUCUCCAGAAGCUCAUCAUUCUGCAAGAUGAAACCAAUUUAUAAACUCAUACCUCCUCAGAAUUUUCCUACCACCUGUAGGACUUUGUUGUGUGUGCCCCUGCUCUGCGUAACCUUCCCCCCAAAACCCCAUUCUUAUGUGUUACAGCUCCUGUUAGAUUGUGACCUCUUUGAGGACAGGAAUUGUCCUUUUUUUAAAAUAAGUUUUCAUUGAUAUUUUCUAAUUCUUGAAUUAAUAUAGUAUCCCAUGUAGUCCUUCUCCUCCCCUUUCUAGAGAGCCAACUCAUAUGAGAAACUAUUUUUAGAGGGAAAAAAAGAAACCCAACAAACUGAUACAUUGAAAAACUUUGAAAACAUGUGCAAUGUAUAACACAUGUGGACCUCCAACCUCCACAAAGAGGUAGAUUGGGAAAUGUCUUUCUAUAAUUUGAAUCCCACUUUUAAUAACUUUGUUGCAUUUACUUUUUAUUUUUAGAUUUGUCACUAUUCUUUCCAUCUACAUUGUUGUAAUUACUGUGUAUAUUAUUUUCUUGGCUCUGUUUGCUUCACUCUGAAUUAAUUCAAAUAAGUUUUAUAGCACAAUCAUAUUCUUUUACAUUCAUGAACCAUAAUUUGCUUAGCCACAUCCCAAUAGGAAUUUUCAAUUCUUAGUUAUCAGAAAAAAUGUUGCUUUAUACAUUUUGAAGUAUAUGGAGACAUUUUUCUUGUCAACAGCUUCUUUGAGAAUAUAAGCCCAAUAAUGGAAUCUCUGGCUCAAAAGGUAGUGACUUUAUUUGCAUUAUUCCAAGUUACUUUCCAAAAUGGUUGUACUAUUUCACAGCUCUACCAACAAUGUUUUUAUUGAGUCUACCUUUCCAUAACACCUCCAACAUUUACUAUUGCUAUUUUUGUCAUUUUGGCCAAUAUACAGAGUAUGAGAUGAAAUUUCAGGGUUGUUUUGAUUUGUGAUUGUCUUAUUAUUAAUGAUUUGGAACAUUUCUUCAUGGAGUGGUGAAUACUUUGCAGUUGGUCUUUGGAGAACUGCUUAUUCAUAUCCUUUGAUCAUUUAGCUACUGGAGAAUGACUAUUGUUUUUAUACAUUUAUGAAUUGUAUGUAUGUGUAUAUUUAUGCAUACAUACACAUUGUGCAUAUACCUUCCCAAAAUAUCAAAUCCUUAUCAGAGAAAUUUGUUAACAAGAUUUUCUUUCACCAUCUACAACCAUUCAAAUUUCCCUUCAAUAUCCUGGAUAUAUUAUAAAUAGGCAGGAAUUGUCAUAAGCCUUCAUUUUUUUUAAGGUUAUACAUGUACAU